AUGAGCCCAGAGCUCCCUGCCACAGACCGUCAGACGGGCCAGACCCCGCUCUCCAUCUGUGUCUCUGGCCUCCCUCUGCUGUCCACAGGAGCCAGAGCCCCCUCCCUAUCCACAGGCAGCCAGCUGGCCCGUGGUCUCCAGCCCACACCCAGGUCCCCGUGCCCACUUCUCUUGAUCCCUCAGCCGCCCGCAGAAGGCUGGAGCGGGGACGCCAUCGCUCCGGCCGCCUGCUCCCUUCGGGUCCCCACGAGAGCCCACGCCAGCCCCCACACCCAACCGCAGCCCUGCCCCUGGACACCGGAUAAGGCCCAGCGCACGCCCCACUAGGUGGAGAGCAUGGACCACGGCUCACUCCUCCUGCCUGUUGCCUUGCUGCUGGCCGUCUGCAGCCUCGGCCCCACAAGUCUGGCAGAACCCAUCCACUGUGACCUACAGCCUGUGGACCCCAAGAGAGGAGAGGUGACAUACACCACAAGCCAGGUCACCGAGGGCUGUGUGGCCCGCGUCCCCAACACUACCCUGGAAGUUCAUGUCCUCUUCCUGGAGUUCCCAAGGGAGCUGUCAGACCUGGACUUGACUCUUCAAGCGCCCAAGCAGAAGAGCGCCGUGCCCCGAGAAGUGCUCUUGGUCCUCUGCGUCAGGAAGGCCGUCUUCCUGCGGCUGCAGGCUCCAGGGACGCCCCUCCACCUGGCCUAUAACUCCAGCCUGGUCAUCCUCCGAGAGUCCUGGGGCAGUAACACUACACAGCUGCCAUCCUACACCACGAAGAAUCAGAUCCUGGACUGGGCAGCUGCCAAGGGCUCCAUCGCCUCCAUCGCUGAGUUGGACGACCCCCGUGCCAUCCUCCUCCGUCUGAGCCACGCCCCGAAGGCUUCAUCGCCCUUCUGCCUGCCCCAGGAGCACAUGGACAUGAGCAGCACGCUGGACUGGCAGCCACGUACCCCGGCCUACAACCGGGGCUGCCGCCUGGACGGCGUGACUGGCAACAAGGAGGCCCACAUCUUGAGGGUCCUGCCAGGCGCAGACAGCAGAAUGAUGUACAAAUGCACCACUGGCAAAUACUCCUUAAAGAUCUUCCCGGAGAGAAAUAUGUUUGGCCUGCUGCAAGCUAAUAAUUCUCACAGCCUGCUGGACACAGCCCAGAAGUUGAACGCCAGCGUGGUGGCAUCCUUUGUGGAGAUCCCUCUGGCCAGUGCCAUCUCACUUCGGACCCCCAGCUGUGGUGCUGAGCCACUGACCUCCCCGGCACCGGUCCAGACCACCCUUCCCCCAAACAGCUGCAACCAGGAGCUGCUCAUGGCCCUGAUCCAGCCCACGUGCUCCAAUGAUGUCAUGACUCUGGUACUCAUCAAAGCGCUGGCCUUGGCUGUGCAGUGCACCAUCAGCGGCCUGACCUUCCUGGACCCCAGCUGCCAGGCUGAAGACAGCGCUGACAAGUUUGUUCUGCGCAGUGCCUACUCCAGGUGCGGCAUGAAGGUGAUGGGAAAUGUGAUCAGCAAUGAGGUGACCAUCAACUUCCCAUCAAGCUCAUCACAGCAGAAAGAGGUGCACUGCAUCAAGAUGGAAAGCCUCUCCUUCCAGCUGGGCCUCUACCUCAGCCGGCACUUCGUCCAGGCCUCCAACACCAUCGAGCUGGGCCAGCAGGGCUUUGUGCAGGUGAGCAUGUCUCCGGCCAUCCGAGAGCUUGUGUUUCAGCUAGAGAACUGUACCCUGAGCUUGGGGCACGAGGCGGAAACCGUAGAACUCAUCCAGAACCAGGCAGCCAAGGGCAGCUGUGUAAGCCUGCUGUCUCCGAGCCCUGCCGGCGACCUGCGCUUCAGCUUCCUUCUGCGUGGCUACAUGGUGCCCACACCCACGACGGGCACCCUCGCCUGCACCAUCAGUUUGCGUCCCAGGACCUGGUCCCAGGAAGUCCGGAGGGAUGUCUCUGUGCACCUGAACAUCAUCGGCUCUGGCCUGACUGACAAAGGCCUCGUCCUACCCGCCGUGCUGGGCAUCACCUUUGGCGCCUUCCUCAUCGGAGCUCUGCUCACCGCGGCCCUCUGGUACAUCUACUCCCACACGCGUCACCCUAGCAAGCGGGAGCCCGUGGUGGCGGUGGCUGCCCCGGCCUCCUCGGAGAGCAGCAGCACUAACCACAGCAUCGGGAGCACCCAGAGCACGCCCUGCUCCACCAGCAGCAUGGCGUAGCACCCGGCCGCAGCCCUCGCCCAGCAGGAGAGACUGAGCAGCCACCCGCUGGGAGCCACUGGCCAGACUCAGCCCCGGACCCCAGCCCUCCACUCGACAUAGGACGGACUUCUCCCACCCCCCUUGAGACCUGCUGCCAACAGGGCACCGGCUUUGAACACCUUGGGGUUUCCCCACCCCACCCAGCCCCACCAAACCUUCAAACCCAGUGAGUCUGGGGUGCCACUACCCAAGGCCACCGAGACCACUGCCCUGUGCGCUCACGUUGUUGUGAGAACCUCCGUCCCCGUCAUUUUAACGCGGAUCCGACACUCGCUGACGGGGACUGGGCAGGAGAGGACUUGAACCAGAACUCAGCCCAGCCCUGCAGCGCUGCCUCAGUGGGGACAGAAGAGGGCCUGGCUGGGGUUACCUGGAACUGGUCCAGCAGUCUCCACACCUGGCACAGCAGGCCCUAUGGGGCUCCCAGCCUGGGAGGCUAGAGGGUGGCACACAGUUCCUGCCACCCAGAGACUCCCUCCCAGCCAUCAGGUGGACAACAGAUGGGGAAUGGCCACACUGCCUGCCCGGGACCCGCCCUGUAUGCCCACCAGCAAUAAACAUGACCAUGACACCCA